ACGUAUAAUCGCCUAAGCGAAAAUCCCCUAAAAGGAUUAGAUGUUCAUACUUUCAAUGUUAUAUAUAACUUAUUCCCUGGAGUAAAAUGUAAAAAAAGUAAACAAGUAAUUGCAAAUGUUGUCGAAGAGACUGUUAGUUUUUGAAAUGUGAAAAUAUUCUACUUUGUCUUCUUUCACGUAUAUGCUCUGUUUUGAAGAUGGAAAAGAUUUAGUGUCACCUGAUAAUAUCCUUUAAUCUUAUUUACAUUAAGGGGCUCAAAUCUUCUCUUUCAUUGGUUCGUCAUAACAUAAUGUGGAAUGAAUCUCAUGCUCUCAUUGGUUAGUAUACACGUCAAUCACAUUCACCAGAGGUCAGAAAAGUAUCCACUGUACAAUUUGUAAUGUAUACACUUCCAUCACUCUGUUACAGCAUGACAACCAUCCACAAGUCAACAAUGUCGGGAAGCAUCCUGAAAACUACAGCCACCCUGUGAGCCAAAGUUCACCAUGGAGACGGAGGAGGCACCUGCGCAGUGCAAUGAUGACAUGGCGGAGACCUGCACAGUGUCAGUCAAAGGUCUAACAGAGAACUGGCAAAAAUGGUCUGAUGACCACAGUGAGUAUCAGAAACUCAACCCCUUCAGCAACGGCAAAGUGUUUCCCCCACAAAACCAGCGAGGACAAGUGGGAUAUGGCAGGCCUCUAGAGGGCUCUAAAACAGAGCAGAGAGGAAAAGACGCCCACUCCCACAUCAGCAGAGAGGUUACCGAGCUCUGCCAUGUGAUUAGGGAGAUUGGUGUGUGCAGAGAGGAUGACAGACCAGCUGUACAGUUUGGAACGCUGUUUGAGAGAUACGUCAACAUCUCAAAUAAACUAGUGGGAGUUCUGUUGCGGGCACGCAAGCAGGGGCUGGUCCACUUUGAAGGAGAGAUGCUGUGGCAGGGGAGAGAUGAUGGAGUGGUCAUCACCUUGUUACAGUGAUUGACAGCAAUGAUGGAAACCACGUGCCAGGCUCAAAGUGUACAUUACUGUCAAUUAUUGCGUUAUAGAUAUGUAUUUUACUUAGCUUCCGGGCCAAAGAAACAAUUGUUGAGAUACUAAAACUGAGUGCUAGGUUAUGCUGCUACUUUUGCAUGCCUUAAAAGGUGCUGCAAGUGAUUUCUACCAUCUCCAAAAGCCCUGCCCUCCAAAGGCAUGUCCGCUUUUCUGGGAUCAGAAAACCCAAACACACGAUAGUCAUAUUUCUGACUGGCUAAAAAAGGGUGGGUCGAUUCUAUUUUUGAUGUUUUUAGAGCCUAGGUAUAUCACAGGGACAGAUGUGAUUUCUUAGGACACCUGUUUAAGUGAUAUCUGUGAGGUAACAGGGAUGUUAUAUGCAUUGUAUUCCUUAAGAAAUCAAUUACAGCACAAUUAAGGGAACAUACAGUAUACAGUCAAAAUGUAACAUGGAAGUGUUAACAAAUUGUAAUUUGUUUCAAACCAUAAUCACAUUUAUUUGCCAUCACUUUGAAACACAGUAUUUAAGGGAUAGUUCACCUAAAACUGAAAAUGUUCUCAUCAUUUACUCCAUCCUAGAUGUUUAUGACUUUCUUCUGCAGAAAACAAAGAUUUUUAUAUAAAAUCUCAGCUCUGUAGGUCCUCACAAUGCAAGUGAAUGGUGACGAAACAUUUGAAGCUCCAAAAAGCACAUAAAGGCAGCAUGAAGGUAAUCCAUAAGACUCCAGUGGUUAAAUCUAUAUCCUCAGAAGCGAUAUGAUGUGAUAUGUGUGGGUGAGAAACAGAUCGAUAUUUAAGUCCUUUUUUACUAUAAAUUCU